AUGACUCGGUGGAUUGGAUCGAUCCUGGCAGGCGUUGGACGGGCGAACAGCGCAGUGCUGAUGAGGAAGGAGGUGGGAAGCCAUCAGGUCUACCGCGAGCCAGGUCCCGAUCGAGAUCUAGAUCCAGUCCUAGGUACAUACGGCAACGUAGCCGUAGUCCUGAUUAUUCCAAUGAUAAUCAACAGGACACAACACGUUCGAGUGAAGAAAGCGACUCGUCGGAACGAGGGGAAAGCGAGUCUGCUGGCACGGUUUGCCACAUGGGAAGAGGCAGUUGAACGUGGUCUUCUUUUACAGACUGUUGUGGAUGCUCUUGAGGCCUCCGGGGCGGCCCGACCUACCCCGAUACAACAGCAUGCUAUUCCGGUGAUAGCUGCAGGAGUGGACGUAGUAGCAAGUGCGCAGACGGGCACUGGAAAAAGUCUGGCAUUCAUCGCACCUAUUGUGUCGAAGAUUGGCAAAUUGUCUUCAACAGUUCCCCGGCCAUUCUUUCCAGGGAGGAUGGCCCAGGCGUCUCCACUGUGCAUGGUACUGGCCCCAACAAGAGAGCUCGCGAUGCAGUUGGUGAAAGAUUUUGAAUCGUGCUCGGUGAGCCUUGCUCAAGAAGAGAUGUGUCGAACAAUGGCAGCGUAUGGUGGAGAAACUGCAUCGCGUCAGGCGGACCGCAUUUGUGCUGAGCAGCUCGACGUGUUGGUGGCCACUCCUGGAAGGCUUCUCGAGUUUAAUGAGACGGGAAGGGUGUCCUUGGGGUAUGUCAAGUUCCUCGUGUUGGACGAGGCAGAUCAGAUGCUAUCCAUGGGCUUAGAGGCGUAUGUUAAUAACAUUCUCAUGGACACGGACCUCACAGAGCCUAGUGGACGGCAAACACUGCUGUUCUCUGCCACUAUUGACAAUCCAAACCUCAAGCCGUGGCUAGAGGGCGAGACUCUUCUACGCAAGCAAAGGGUGGCAAUCGCUGUCGGCCGGGGACGGGGAGCUGGGGGUGAUGGAGGUGCAUUACGGUCUAAUGUUGCACAGUCGGUUCGUGUGUUGACCUCGGACCAGGCCAAGGACCAAGCUCUUUGGGAGGAUCUGGCUAAGCUUGACGUCGCUAAGGGAGAACAGGCGAUAGUUUUCGUGGCAUCUCGUGAUAGAGGAAAGGAUCUCCAUAAACGAAUAUGUGGAAGUGGGAGUUUAUGCUGUGGUUUACUACAGGGCAAACAGCUGCAGACGGUCCGGGAAGAAGUCGUGAGGAGGUUCCGCACCAACGAAGAUCAAGUAUUGGUAUCGACCAGUGUUGCCGCGAGAGGCUUGGAUUUUCCGAACGUGACAUUAGUAAUUAACUACGAUAUGCCUGAGAGUAUUGAGACAUAUACGCACCGAAUAGGCCGGACAGGCCGUAUUGGUCACGAGGGUCGCGCUAUCGCAUACUACAACCCCGCCAGCAAGGACAGACGAAUUGGUGAUGCUCUUAUUGCCUUCUUGAGGAAGUAUAAUCAGCCAGUUAGCGAAGAGCUUAAGAAUGCAGUUCGGCCAAGGCGGAACUCAUAUAGAAGGCAAUAUCGUGGACAUGCCUCCGACCGGAGCGGACCAGGGAAUUCGCCAUCGAGCGAUCGUUGGAGUUACAGCAGCUCGAGUCGCCGUCAAGGUCGUUCCCAGGAUCGUGGCGACUAUCAUCAUUACCGUUCUGGGAGGGAUAGGUCCUCUCGAUACAGCUCGUGGUGACCAGUGAGACAGACUCU